AUGGAUCUCUUGUCUGGUAUCGGUGGUAGUUGUGCUUCGACUGAUAAAGUUGAGAGUGUGACUAGAAGGGAUAGCAGUAUUAGUCUUGAGGACGGUGCUUAUAAAAGACAUACUCCUGAACCUGUCAAGUCUCUCCUCUCUUUCGAUCUUGGGAUAUUUGAAGAACCGAGAGAGAGUCCUCAUUAUGAACAUACCCUUCCUGCACCAAGUCCUGCAUCGUCGCCUUCAGUUGUUGCUCCAAUGGAUGUAUAUCUUCGAUGCGACGAGAGCCACGGGUUUAGAAUGUUGAGACUCAGCGGUACGGCCUUGCAACAAGACAAAAAUACUCAGCUGGACGAUAUGUCCCCUGCAGAGACGAGUAGCUGGGAGUUCAUCCAUCCAGCACAGAUACCCAACACUCCAGUGUUACAGCCUGCACUUAGUCCCAAGUCAGCAGCUACCCCAUCAGCCGACCCUUGUCGCCCAAGAGGACUCAAGAGUAUUCCAUCGGGCUCGGAUAUGUCCGGUCUCGCGUUGUCUGUUGAUUCACAACCUCUGAGUGACGACACGGAAGCGUACGAAGAGGCUAUUGCCGAAUACAAACUCGCUUCCAAGCGAUACCGGCAUGCCAGUCCGAGAACUUCCAAGAGACCCCGUGUCUAUAAAGAUCUACCAAGGCGUAGAGGGGGGAAGAGGGAAGCAGGGGACAGAUGA